UAAUCGUUCGGAAAGAAUAUCAAAUAAAGAAUUAAAAAGAUAACAUUAAAUAUUCUGCCAAUUGUGGAAAAAAACUACAAUAUUUUGGCGACAGUUUCCGAAGGUUUAUUUUUUACGUAGCAUCUGGCAAACCUUUUCUCUUUCGUUCUAAAUCAACAGAUCGCUGCUAGUCACGAGUUGAGUUGGUGAUAUAAGGUGUACCGAGAAGAGAAGCUACAAGAGUGAAAUUUCGGUAGGUGUGUCAUAUUUUUUUUUAACCAUACCUGUCAACUUUAUAAUUCGACUGUUUUUGGACUUUAAUCUUUCGAAACAAUAAAUAUCAAUCAACCGUGGGCCGACUCCUCUUUUCCAUUUGGAUAUUUUAAAUUGGCAGACGAUUUUUUAGUGCCUUAAAAAAAUUGUGAAAGAUGUCCCAAUAUCCUCCUCCACCCCCAUCUUACGGUGCAUAUGAUCAACCUCCUCAACCCGGUUUUGGUUAUCCUGCUCAGCCUGGUUACCCCGCACAACCUGGAUAUCCUGCGCAGCCUGGUUAUCCCCCACAACCUGGCUAUCCUCCACAGCCUGGUUAUCCUGGACAACCAACAGUAUGCCAACCUCCGGGAGGAUAUUAUCCUGGGCAACCAGGCACUCAGACUAUAAUUGUGCAUGAGAAGAAAGAUGAUGAUUGCGCCAAAGACUGCUGCAUCUGUGCUCUUUGUGCAGCAUUGUGCUUUUGCUGUUGUACCGAUUAAAUGUAAUCGGUAUCGUAGAACAAAUAUGAAGAGAAAUUUGCUACAAGAAUGCAUUGCUUUGUACUACCAUUAACUUUUUGUACCUAAAAACUUAACUGAAGGGAUUAUUUGAACUAUUGCAUGCCAGAGGUGGUGGAUUUUUAUUACCAUUCUAUUAGUUUUAUCCUAUUAAAUUUUCUCAUAUCUAAAUGAUUAAUAUUCUUAUUUCUUUUGCCACCUAUUAAAAAUCUUAUCAAUUUUUUUGUUGUUAAUUAUAUGUUUUAUGACUUGUAUAAUUCAAAAUAACUUAUUGUGCUAAUUUUUUAGUGUUCUAAAUGUGUAGCAAUUAAUGUGGAAAUCUAGUCCUUUUUUUCAUUCUUUAGUGUUUUAUAAGUAUAUUAAAAAACGCCGACAUUCUCGUAAAGAUGUUUCGUUAUUGUGUAUAAUAUAUUGUAAUUUUUGUGAAGUUUUUUUAAAAAAAAAAAAACGUUUUAUGGAAGUUUAAUUAAUUUUUGCAUUGUUCUAGAGAUAUGCAUGUAAUUUUAGAGCAUUAUUUGUGGCAACUAUGGCGCUGCGUAAUUCUUUAGAACAAAAUAUUGUUAGCUGCUUUAUUUUUGGUUGAAUACUUAAUUAGCCUAAAGAUUUUUUAAUUAAAAUUUUAAAAAGAAAUAUUUUUUUUUUUAAAUUUGAAUGUGGAAAAUAUUAUGGUCGUAUAACUAAAAUUUUGUACACUUAUAAUUAAAAUUUAGGCUAUCUGAAAUAUUGUAUUUUGAAAGGCAAUAUUUUUUCUAAUAAAAAGCUAGUGAACGAUACUUCAGGCACAUU